AUGCUGCAUAACAAGAUAAAUCGUAAUAUUAGGAAAGUUGUCGUCCCAGGUAUUUCUUUAUUAGUUUUCUUCCAGGGGUGUAUUGUUCUUUUGUUCCUUCAAGUAACUUAUAAGACUAUUUAUUGUAGGAAUGCUAUAAGAAGGCAAAGUGGUCUUAAUGAAACCAAAAGACUGUUUAUUGUCUUAUUAUCAUCCAUUUUGCAUGUUGUCGCGCCAUCUGCUGUGAGAAUUACUACGGAGAAUGCCACUAUUCCCAAAGGGACGUUUUUUAAAGACUUAAAGGAAAAUAGAAUUCUCUCCCAUCUAAAAAGCAAUUCAGUGGCCAUUUGUAAUCACCAAAUAUACACAGAUUGGAUCUUUUUAUGGUGGUUAGCUUAUACUUCAAACUUAGCAGCCAAUGUGUUCAUCAUCUUGAAAAAAUCAUUAGCGUCUAUUCCAAUUCUUGGUUAUGGUAUGAGAAACUAUAACUUCAUCUUUAUGAGUAGAAAGUGGGCACAAGACAAAAUCACCAUGAGCAAUAGCCUUGCCGGCAUUGAUUCGAAUGCGAGAGGUAUUGGAUCACUUGCUGGGAAGUCCCCUGAACGUAUAACUGAGGAGGGAGAGAGCAUAUGGAAUCCUGAAAUUGUUGACCCAGAACAGAUCCUUUGGCCGUAUAAUUUAGUCCUCUUUCCUGAAGGUACAAAUCUCAGUGCUGAUACCCGACAAAAGAGCGCUAAAUACGCUGCAAAAAUUGGGAAAGAACCAUUCAAGAACGUUUUAUUACCACAUUCUACAGGAUUAAGAUUCUCAUUACAACAGUUAAAACCAAGUGUUGAGGUUCUUUAUGAUAUAACAAUUGGUUACUCCGGUUUAAAAAAAGAGGAAUACGGUGAGCAGGUAUAUGGGUUCAAGAGCAUUUUUUUAGAAGGAAGAUAUCCCAAGUUAGUUGAUAUUCAUAUCAGAGCAUUUAAUGUCGACGAUAUUCCAUUGAAUGAUGAAAACGAAUUCUCAAAUUGGUUGUAUAAAAUCUGGGGUGAGAAAGACGUUUUAAUGGAAAAGUACUAUUCGACAGGUUCGUUUAUAACUGAUGCCGAAAUAAACCAUUCGGUUACUGAUAGCUUCAAGAUAAACCUUAUUGAAAUAACCAAGAUAUUGAUACUACCAGCUUUGACGACACUUUGGUUAGUCUAUAAACUCUUCGUCUUGUUUUUCUAA